GUACUCUGUCACUUUCCAGUCAGCGCGGUCCAUCCUAUAAGCUUCAAAAUAUUUCCAAGAUGCCUCCACGACCAAUGAAUGAUGAGGAGGUCCUGAGUGAGAUGAAUAAGAUGGUUGCUUUCAUCAAGCAGGAGGCUCUGGAGAAAGCGCGUGAGAUCAAAGUGAAAGCGGACGAGGAGUUUGCUAUCGAGAAGGCAAAACUCGUGAAGCAAGAACAACAGGCUAUUGACGCACAGUUCGAGAAGAAGCGCAAGGGUGCUGAUGUCGCACAGAAGAUCGCACAGUCUAACUUGACCAACAAAUCGCGAUUGAAGCUUCUACAGCGUCGCGAGGAGCAACUGCAGGAACUAUUCUCUAUCGCUCGGACAUCUAUUCUGACAUUCGCCGAAGACGAAGGGCGUUACUUUCAGUUCCUCGAAGGCGCUGUCGUGCAAGGCUUUCUCCAGCUCAUGGAGACAAGUGUCACAUUACAUGUUCGUGAACAGGAUGCCGAUAUCAUGCAAAAGGCGGGAGAAGCAGCCGCAGAUUCGUAUGCUGAGAUCAGCGGGCGCGAGGUGUCUUUUGAGUUGGAGACAACUCUGAGCAAAGAUUGUGCGGGGGGUGUCAAGCUUGUGAGUAGCUCGCGACGAAUUACCAUCGACAACACAUUGGACGAGCGACUAAGACUUCUAGAAGACAAGAUGCUCCCCGAGAUCAGAAGAGACUUGUUUGGGCCAAAUGAGAACAGGAAGUUCUACACAUGAACGCCUCCACACUCUAGACUCGUGCACCAGCCAACAGUCUAUACUAGACACGAUAGAAAUAUAUCCAUUCUUGACUGUCAAGUAGAACUACGGAGUUACUGUCCAGCAGAAUACAUGCUCUGGUCUAUUACAAUAUUUGUCCA